UUGAGCUACAGUAACUGGGUAAUGGUUUCAAGUUUUGUAUCGUGGAUAAGUAACUGACAUGUUUAAAAAUAAUACAGAACAAAACAUACCAGACUAAUUUAUUUGCCGUCGGGACAUGUGGACAACAACGCCUCUGAAUAGCGCGGGUGUGAUAUUCAGAUUUGCGGACUGGAGAGAGCCAUCACUGCCCUUCAGAAACAGGAUUCCCUUCUGAACAUGUGAAUGUAUGGAGGUACAACUUCUUCAACAUAACGAAAAUGGGGCCAUCUCUUGUUCUUCAGUGUUUUCUUCUGGCAGCCGUGGUUAUUCGAGUGAUCUAUUCGCAGUCAGUGUGUCCUGGAACUGAUAACAAGCUCAGCACCCUGUCAGAUCUGGACCAGCACUACCACACUCUGCGCAAGUUCUACGAGAACUGUGAGGUGGUGAUGGGCAACCUGGAGAUUACCAGCAUCGAACACAACCGCAACCUCAACUUUCUGAAGUCUAUCCGGGAGGUGACGGGUUACUUGCUGGUGGCCCUGAACCAGUUCGAGUACCUGCCUCUGGAGAACCUGCGCUUCAUCCGUGGCACCAAGCUGUAUGAAGGCCGCUACGCUCUGGCAAUCUUCCUCAACUACAGGCGCGACGGCUACUAUGGCCUCCGACAGCUGGGCCUCAAGAACCUCACAGAAAUCCUUAAUGGUGGUGUGUAUGUGGACCAAAAUAAGUUCCUUUGCCAUGCAGACACCAUUCACUGGCAGGAUAUUGUGAAGAACCCCCACGCUGAGCUGCUUGUGGUGCCUUCUAACAACAGCGGCAAUUCAUGCAAACGAUGUCAUAGAUCCUGUAAUGGACGAUGUUGGGGUCACCAGGAGGAACAGUGCCAAAGCUUGACGAAGACGGUGUGUGCUGAACAGUGUGACGGCCGCUGUUUUGGGCCCUAUGUCAGCGACUGUUGCCAUCGUGAGUGUGCUGGAGGCUGCUCUGGACCUAAAGACACAGACUGCUUUGCCUGCACCAACUUCAACGACAGCGGUGCCUGCGUUACUCAGUGUCCUCAGCCUUUUGUCUACAACCCAACCACCUUCCAGCUGGAGCACAACCCCAAAGCCAAAUACACUUACGGAGCCUUCUGUGUCAAGAAAUGCCCACAUAACUUUGUGGUGGACCACAGCUCCUGCGUGCGGGCCUGCCCCAGCAACAAGAUGGAGGUGGAGGAGAACCGCAUCAAGAUGUGCAUCCCGUGCACUGACAUAUGUCCUAAAGUGUGCGAUGGCAUUGGUACAGGCAGCUUGCAGAUGGCUCAGACUGUGGACUCCAGUAACAUUGACAAGUUCGUCAACUGCACCAAAAUCAAUGGAAAUCUGAUCUUCCUCAUCACUGGGAUCAAGGGGGACAUGUACCAUGGUAUCGGGGCCCUGGACCCAGAGAGGCUGAGUGUGUUCCGCACAGUCAAAGAAGUCACAGGUUUCCUAAAUAUUCAGUCAUGGCCAGAGAACAUGACAGACCUGGCUGUUUUCUCCAACCUUGCAACCAUUGGAGGAAGAUCCCUCUACAGCGGAAUCUCUCUGCUGAUCCUUAAGCAGCGCUGGAUCUCCUCACUACAGUUCCAGUCCCUGCAGGAGAUCAGUGCUGGCAAUGUCUACAUCACGAAUAACAGCCAGCUCUGCUAUUACAACACCAUCAACUGGACGGGCCUGUUCCGCACCACGGGCCAGAGGGCCCUGCUCAAGAGCAACAGGGACCCCCGAGAGUGCGCCCAAGAGCGAAUGGUGUGUGAUAAGCUGUGCUCAGAAGCAGGAUGCUGGGGGCCUGGACCAGACCAGUGUCUGUCCUGCAGGUACUACAGUCGGGGGCGAACCUGUGUGAAGUCCUGCAAUCUCUACCAUGGAGCGUUUCGGGAGUUUGCUAAUGGCUCAGUGUGUGUAGAAUGUGACAACCAGUGUGAGAAGGUUGGAGAUAGAACAUUGACCUGCCAUGGUCCGGGUCCAGAUCACUGCACAAAGUGUCUUCAUUUGAAAGACGGGCCCAACUGUGUGGAGAAAUGCCCCGAUGGCCUGCAAGGAGCCAACAGCUUCAUCUUCAAAUACGCUGAGGCCAACAAUGAGUGUCAUCCCUGCCACCCCAACUGCACCCAGGGGUGUACCGGACCCCGUAUCCAAGACUGCACUGGAACACUGGACAGGACUCCACUGAUUGCUGCCGGGGUCAUCGGGGGCAUGUUUGUAGCCGUCGUCGUGGCGCUCGGCUUUGCCGUCUACGUCCGGCGCAAGAGCAUCAAGAAGAAGAGGGCAUUGCGGCGCUUCCUGGAAACAGAGCUGGUGGAGCCGCUGACACCCAGUGGAACAGCACCGAACCAGGCUCAGCUGCGCAUACUGAAAGAGACCGAACUCAAGAGGGUCAAGAUCCUGGGUACUGGAGCCUUCGGGACUGUUUACAAGGGCAUCUGGGUCCCAGAGGGUGAGCGUGUGAAGAUCCCAGUGGCCAUAAAGAUCCUGAAUGAAACAACAGGGCCAAAAGCCAACGUGGAGUUUAUGGAUCAGGAGGCGCUGAUCAUGGCCAGCGUGGAGCAUCCUCACCUGGUGCGUCUGCUGGGCGUGUGCCUGAGCCCCACCGUCCAGCUGGUGACUCAACUGAUGCCCCACAGUUGCCUGCUGCACUACGUGCACGAGCACAAGGACAACAUCGGCUCGCAGAUGCUGCUCAACUGGUGUGUGCAGAUCGCCAAGGGGAUGAUGUACUUGGAGGAGAGGAGGCUGGUCCACAGGGACCUGGCUGCCCGUAACGUUCUGGUGAAAUCUCCCAACCACAUCAAGAUCACAGACUUCGGCCUGGCUCGCCUGCUUGAUGCUGAUGAGAAGGAGUACAACGCAGAUGGCGGCAAGGUCAGGAAGCAGACCAGACUCUUACUGUCACAAACAAUGCCUAUCAAAUGGAUGGCACUGGAGUGUAUCCACUACAGAAAGUUCACACACCAGAGUGAUGUCUGGAGCUAUGGAGUGACUAUCUGGGAGCUGAUGACAUUUGGAGGAAAGCCAUAUGAUGGGAUUCCCACACGUGAGAUUCCAGACAUUCUGGAAAAAGGCGAACGUCUGCCUCAACCCCCAAUAUGCACCAUAGAUGUCUACAUGGUGAUGGUCAAAUGUUGGAUGAUCGAUGCCGACAGUCGGCCCAAGUUUAAAGAGCUUGCUGUGGAGUUUUGCAGGAUGGCCAGAGACCCACAGAGAUACCUAGUAAUCCAGGGGGAUGACUGCAUGAAGCCACCCAGUCCAACCCACAGUAAGUUUUUCCAGAGUCUUCUGGGUGAGGAAGAUCUGGGAGAGCUGAUGGACGCUGAGGAGUACUUGGUACCACAACCCUGUAAUACCCCUUCUUCUUCCCACACCUCCAGACCUUAUCUGGAUUCCAAUCGGAACCAGUGUUGUUACCACGAUGGAGCUCUUCAGCCUAAAGAGCUUGCAGGAGCACAGUCUUGUGAAGCUGCCACUCCUACAGUCAGCCCAUCAGCUCCAGCAGGAGUCCAGCGGGUGGCUCAUGCCUCCCAGGAAGAGCAGCGCUGUAAUGGGAGCCUGAAGAAGCAGCCUGGAGCUGGGGAGGAUGGCAGCAGCCAGCGCUACAGUGCCGACCCUACUGUCUUCCUGGGAGAGAAAACCCAGAGAGGAGCUGCUACUGAGGAUGGCUAUGUGAAACCCAGAAAGGACAAGAGUUCCUCAGAGUCCUCCAAUCCCAUUGAAGAGAAUCCGUUUGUCACUCGUCGAAAAAACAGAGAGAUUCAUGCCCUUGACAACCCCGGAUACCAUAGCACCCCUGAUGGGCAUCCCAGUGCCGAGGAUGAGUACAACAAUGAGCCAUUCUACCACAAUGCAGGUGAGGUGAGUCAGGAGUCACUGAAGAAAAACGGGGUUUCUGUUCCUCUGCAAUCCUUAACCAUAACCGAAACUACAAACAGCCAUGCCCCUCUCACCAACCAAGCAGGCAGACCCCAUUACCACAGCCAAGGAGCAACUGUUCAUUUUGCAAUUCCACCAGUUCAGCCUCCUCAGAGUGGACCAAUGAGUCAAAAUGGUCACAGCACCCAUUCGAUAAAGGGGGUCUCUAACGAUCACCCCAGUAAGCCUGGUCAUCCUUUACCAUCAGGCCAAAUAUGUCACAUUAGCCACCAGGUCCAGGUGACAUACCCUGUCCCUGGGGGUCUCUCAGACCAACAGGGUCCCUUGGCAAAGUGUAUAGCUGCUGGUAAAAGCAGCAUUACUGGUCUCCCUGGUCAUACUGUUCACCAGAGCAAUGUUCCUCAAAUGAGUCACACUGGAACAAUAAUGGUGGACAAGAUGCACACAAGCACCUUUGACAAUCCAGAGUAUUGGCACCACAGCCUCCCAGCCAAGGUCACGCAGCACCCGCAAGACCUCUCGCAGGUAUGCAGUAACAGUUUCCUCUACAAGCAGAAUGGCCGCAUGCGGUCUGCUGUGGCCGAGAAUCCGGAGUACCUGUCAGAGUCUGGCAUGAAGACAGGGAUGGUUCUGCCUCCUCCACCAUACCGGCAGAGGAAUACUGUGGUAUAAAGUCCUGACUGUCUGCGUUCUGGAGCCUGGUUCCUCUACCAGCACCUUAAGACAUAUUUCCUUGUUCCUCAGCAGUUCCUGGAAAGUUUAUGCACUGAACUCACUGGCUCCCUUCUCCUGUUACAACAGAUGCUCCUGAGAUAGGAAAUACAAUACUAAACAUGGAAAGUAGGUCAGUCCAAUCUUUCCAAGCAGACUUCAUCCCAGAAUGUUUGCCCAGGCAAAGCAGAGAAAAAAAGUGUAACCAUGUGUACCUCUUCUUCAUCCUAUCUGGAACUUAAUGUAACUUCAAGACUUUGUAAAGGAGAUAAAUGCUAAACACUGACAGUUUAUAUUGUAAUUGUAAAAGACUAAAUGUGAUUGUCUCGGAAAAAGAAACACCUCAUUUUCUUUAAUUUCUCAGACUUGGUUUUAAGGUUCAGAAUCUGGUAUCAUGUAUUAGUAAUUACAGCAAAACAGAUUUUUUACUUUAAUUCCAGAAUUGAUACAAACAUAGCAGAGUCUAAAACCUGGUCAUAAUGUGAAUGAAUUUCACUAGUUGUCCCUUCACUUUGCCUGUGGUAUGUCAGCUACUUUAACAAUCCAAAAACAUAAUAGAAGCUAAGAACUGUUACUUACGGUUGAAACAACUAUCAUUUUGUUUAAAAUUGUUCAAAACCUUAAUGGCCAAAAGCUUCAACACAAAAAGGUAAAUCAAUGAAACUGGAAUGGCUUAAACUGUUAAAUAAUGUAACAUUUAAAACUGUUAGACAUGAAACCCUUCCAGUGUACAAACUCUUCCAGGAGUACUUAAAGAACCUUCAUAAAAAGAAUACUCAAUAUUUAUUUAUCCUCCAGCAGGUAAUAAUAGAGUGUUCUCUUCAUUCUGGAUCAACAUAUUAUAUUGCACUUUGGGCAAUGUAAUGAGGGGAUCCAUGCUGUAGACUGCUUGUUAUGCCGCAUUUAACCAGGAUGUAUUACUUUUGGCAAGUAGUGUAGCCUAAACCACAUUGAAUGUAAAGGCUUACUUCACGUAUGUAAUGACUCAAAGUUAAAUUAGACACCAACUUUAGUAAGAGUAAAUCUUGGUUAAAAAUAAAUUUGAAUAUGAGUAAAAAAAGGAUCAUGCCAAAAAGCUACUGAAGUGUCUAGUUGCCUAUAGAUCUGCAAUGUCCCUCUUAGUACAAAGAGCAACUUCUAUUUCCUGUUUUCAGAAAUAUAGUUGACUAAGUGGAAAGACUUAAAAAGUACAAAUAUAUCAAAAAUAAUUUAGUGAAUGUAAGUACCCACCUCUACCCACCUCUGGAGGUAACCCCUCCACAGGGCACAGACAGGUUCAUGGUGAAGUCUGGACAGGUCACUGAUUUAUUAUAUCCAGAUCUCAGGGCAAAGAGUUGAAUUAGAGUCAAGUUGUUUGUACCAGAAGCACAAAGCCAGAAAAAGGCAUGAAAAAACAUGUUUUAACGCAGUAUGAGAUUCAUAGGCACUGGGUUGAUGCUGCAGGAUGCAAAGCUAAAAUGCAGAAGAUAUAGUGGACAUGGCACUAAAAGCAGGCCCACAGUAUUUUGCAUCUGUUUGUUCUUUGUUAACAGUGUUCUUUGAUCGAGGCUGUUUUCACGUAAACAGUUGUGUUUUAAAGACUGUUUCUAUUUUACAUACAUGUGUUUUAACCUGCAGACAUAAUCAAGUUUUCUCCUACAAAUGGACUUAUAGAAAGUAGACUAUUGCUAAAGAGCAAACUGUAUUUAACUGCCAAAUUUUCAUAAAGCCUUAUCUUCAAAUAUCAUUAAAUCAAUUAUUAGUUAGCAUUUUCAGAUAAGUUGAUUUACAGUUUUGUUAAAGACAGGAAAGGUCCAUUAUCACAAUGGGCCAGUCUUCGCUGAAAUGUAUAAUUUAAUAUGCACUGACAGGCCCCAAGGUCAUGAUCAUGACUUAUAGUAUUUAAUAGAUGAGGGAUGGGAAAAGAAGCAUAUUUGUUUAAUCAGGCUGAGAGAUAGCAAGUGAUACAUAUUGAAUCUCUGCAGUAGUCUUUUUUUUUUUCUUUUGAAUUCACUUGCCAUGGGCUGCAUGGCAUAUUCAGUGGAAUCUGAAAAGAACUGGACAGUGUUGCUCUUUUUGUCUCUGCAUAGUACUUCCAUAUUUAACUCAUAGAACAUGAAAUGAUGACUUUGAGGUUAAAGUAAAGAAUGUAUGCUCUAAUUCAAUGUAUUUAAUUAAAUUGGUGUUUAUAUCAA